AUGAGACAAAGAAAUGAUCAACAAUUUAUUCAACUUCUUAACAGAGUUAGAACUGCUACCCAAACAGAGGAUGAUAUUGGAGUCAUUGAGUCAAGGUCAAUAUCCCCAGAUGACCCUGAUUAUCCAUCACAUGCACUUCAUAUAUGGGCAGAGAACUCGCCAGUUGACGAUCACAAUAAUGCAAAAUUAGAACAACUUUCUGGACCAUUAUUUGUUCUUCAAGCUAAAGAUCAAUUUCCAGCAAAUGUGAACAAACAAGAUAUUGACAGGGUUUUAGCAAGAAAACGAUCUGAAACAGGGGGACUUGAUUACGAAAUUCACAUCAAAGAAAGUGCCAGGGUAAUGUUAACAACAAAUGUUAGUAUUUGUGACAGACUUAUCAAUGGACAAAUGGGAAGUGUGUUUAAAAUUGAUGUAAAUCCAAUUAACCAGAAACCAAGUGUUCUUUACAUUAAAUUUGAUGACCCGAAUGCUGGAAAAAAUCUGAUCACUAGUAGUAACAAUCUAUUGGCAAGAGAACACCAAGUUGUCCCAAUUGAACCUGUGUUGGCUAAAAUCAAGAUUAGACCAGGUAAACCAUCUUCUCCAGAAAUACAGAGAGUACAAUUCCCUGUGACUUUAGCCUGGGCAUGUACUGUACAUAAAGUUCAAGGUUUGACACUUGAUCAAGUGGUAGUCAGUACUGAGUUAGUAAAACAAAAAGCAUUCAACUAUGGACAAAUUUAUGUUGCAUUAAGCAGAGCAACCUCUUUAGAAGGCCUAUUUAUUUCAGGAAAGAUUGCCAAUAAGCAUGUAAAAACAAAUCCUAAAGUUCUUGAAGAAUAUGAAAGACUAAGAAAUGAAUGUAUGGCGUUUACUCCACCUCCGGUGAAAUAUUUUGCGGUUAGCGAGAAAGAAAGCCUGGUUCUCAUGAAUCUCAUUGGCAAUGCCAAUUGUCGACGCCCACAAAACGAAUUAAAUGCUUUAUAUUUUGCGCCCGAGUAG